CUUCAUGUCCACAUCAGUUACCUCAGAGACAGCACCAAAGCAUCAGAACCCAAGGAAAAAGGGUGGGAAGAAGAAGGUGCCAGCAGAAGCUAUGACAGAUCAACAACCAAAAAAUUCAUUUGUCUCCACAGAAACUUCCUAUAGGCAGAAUGAUACAGAGAAAGAGGUCCCAGAGAGCAGCCUGUACUUGGCAGAAAAUGAUAAGUGCAAAGGGGGUGGGGGGCCAGUCCUCUCAUGUCCUCAGAUGUUCACAUGCAAAUUCAAGGUAUAUGGGAAAUUUAUAGGAACCCACAUGGCUCAGGUCGGUUCCUCCAAUGAUCACAUGGGAUCUUCUCUCCCUGCACCUUCACAGGCAAGCUCUAGUGAUGCCUCUGGAGUGGUCAUCUCUAAGCAGAGAACUAGGAGAAAGAGGGGUCAGAGGAAAAGGAAAUUGGUGGAUGUGGAGGCAGGUACAUGUCCUCCAUCUUCUCUCAUCUUUGUCCCUGCAAGAAGGGCCAGAUAUGGCAACAUCCAUAGUCACCUGGAUUUUGUUCCUGCAGUUGCCCAGAAAAGUAGCCUACAGGCCUCUAGCACAGCCCUCUCUGAAUCUGUCUCAGAGCUGAAGUUUUGCAGGAGGGGGAAAAAGAGGAGCCUAUGGACUGUGGACCAUAUCGAAGGGACAAAACUCUGGAUAAACAAGAGGAAAAGACCCAGUUACCGCCCUGAGGACCACUACCUAGAGCUGGGACCACGUAUGGCUGGGUGGGGAAACAGGCAGGUCACACUACUAAAAGACCCUGUGAUCAAGAGCUUCUUGGCAGCUGACCUCUUCUUCAGUGUGACUGACAAGUACCUUCUGUCCAUGGUGGUGGAGUACUUCGGCCGAGUAGGGCUGCCUGGACAUCUCUAUAACAGGAUCCACUUCUUCCUGGCCCUCUACAUCGCCUGUGACACGGAAGAGGAUGACUCCAUACCCAAAGGGAGCAUCUUUCAGUUCUUGCUGGGCAAAGAGACUUGGCAAGAUUUCUACAAGGAAUUUCUGAAACUGAAGAAGGAUUUCUUCCGGGCUAUGGGACACCGAGACUGGGUCACCCCAGAGUUGUGUGAGGAGAUCCAGAACCAGAACCCACACCACUGGGUGUGGAGCCGGGUGCGCCAGGGCACCCCUUAGGUUCCCAGGCCUGGGAACCAUUGGCGGGGUCGUGGAGCAAGGGGCUGCACUGGGACAGGUGAGUGGAGAUACUGGCUAAAGGCUCUGAAAGAGUGGGCAACCUCAACCGUUGGGUCCCUGAGGCUACAUCCAGGGCUGUGUGGACACAGGAGGAAGCACUUCAGAGAGAUAGCAGAGCUUGUCUCCUAUCUUGGCAUUUCCUCUUGCACAGGAACAUAGUAAAGGCUCUGAGCACUGCUGAGGUAAAGAAAGUGUUGAAAUCACAAUUCUCCAGUUGAAUUCAUCACACAAUCCUAGCCUUGUUGUUGUUUUAAAGAAAACUCUCAGAAAUUCUUGUCCAGGUAACAACUUCCACAGUUUGACCAUAGGUGACAUUUUUAAAUGCACCCAUAUGGAAAACACUGAAGUUAUCCUUUUUGGAUAGGAGACUCUCUUCGUAUAGCUUUUGGAAGGGAAGAAGGCAAGCGCCAACAUUUACUCCUAGGUUAUUUUGUGUUUCGCUCUGACACAAAGCAGGCUACACUGAGCUGGGUCCAGGAAGGACAUGAUCCAGGUCUCAUUUUCCAUGGGCAAAAGGAAGCCUGAGGGGUUUGUGGUCUCUGAUACCGUGACAGCAACAGGAACAUAAGGCAGCAAGUGCACAGAGUACUGGGAGAAGUCACAAUGCAAGUCACACUCACAGAAAACCAUCACCCGUCUAGCAUCGCACUCCAAGAUGUGCUUUCUUUCGUUGGAAAUUCCUUUGGUAAUUGGACUUACUUCAGUUAAGGAAAGAUCUCUAAUGAAAUGCUUAAGCAUCUCUUGCCUGGGCAAGUGGUUGUGCUAAAACAAUCCUGUAAGUCUUCUUCCAUGCUGAAGUGUGUGAUGAGCCUUGUCUGUUCUGGGGAAAAGGAGAGUUGGGGAAGAUGAAUUCAGAACUAUGUCUUAUAGGAUUGGCUCAGUUUGAAAGAAGGUAUAAUUCAACUGCAGGCUUUUUGCUGGAU